UAUACCACAUAACUGAAACUAGUCUCCUAGAAGCUGCCUUUAAUCGCAAUUUUUAGAGGACAUUUUCGGGUGUUGCGCUUCAGGAAGGAAUUUGUUAGAAACUAUUUCGACAACACACCGACAUCAACGUUUGAGCGUUUAAAAAUAACCGCAGACGGCGCGUAAGCAGAGUGUUGGUGCUGAUCGAGAGAAGAGUUGUGCGCUUUUUCUGCGGCCGCGGUGGUUACCAGCUUUCCACACAUGCAUGCACUGCUGGUCAGCAGACCCAACGCUGUGGAUAAAUUCAUGGAGCUCGGUUGAGGUCCGACAAACCUUUUAGAGAGACACCAAGAACACAGACCAGCUUUAAAACUGCUACGGCCUCGGAUGUGUAUUUGUGACUUUAUUUUUGCCACAGAACAACGUUAGAGGGCGCCGUUUGUUGUUUGUGGGAGCCCGGACUACCCUUUUCACCCCACUAGUGAUAAAGAAGGAAGGCGACAUGGUGGUCAACACCAUCCACUGGUUCAGGAAGGGACUACGGCUGCAUGACAACCCGUCUCUGAGGGACUCUGUCCGUGGAGCGGACACUCUUCGUUGUAUCUACAUCCUGGACCCCUGGUUCGCUGGGUCCUCCAAUGUGGGCAUCAACAGGUGGAGGUUUUUGCUCCAUUGUUUAGAAGACUUGGAUGCCAGCCUACGCAAACUCAACUCCCGCUUGUUUGUCAUCAGAGGCCAGCCUACAGAUGUCUUCCCUCGUCUAUUUAAGGAAUGGCAGAUCACCCAUUUAUCUUAUGAAUAUGACUCUGAGCCUUUUGGCAAGGAACGUGACGCUGCCAUCCAAAAACUAGCCAAUGAGGCUGGGGUGGAGGUCAUGGUGCGGAUAUCACACACCCUCUACGAUCUGGACAAGAUUAUAGAACUCAAUGGCGGUCAGCCUCCACUCACCUACAAACGCUUCCAGGCUUUAAUAAAUAGAAUGGAUUCUGUGGAGAUGCCAGCGGAGACAAUCACAUCUGAGGUCCUUAAGAACUGUGUCACACCCAUCAGUGAAGACCAUGAUGAAAAGUUUGGGGUGCCCUCCCUUGAAGAGCUUGGUUUUGAGACAGAGGGACUAACCACAACAGUAUGGCCCGGAGGAGAAACAGAAGCCCUCAUGAGGCUAGAGCGGCAUCUCGAGAGAAAGGCCUGGGUGGCAAACUUUGAGCGUCCACGUAUGAAUGCCAACUCCCUGCUGGCCAGUCCCACAGGCCUCAGUCCCUACCUGCGCUUUGGAUGUCUCUCGUGUCGGCUCUUCUACUUCAAACUUACUGAUCUUUACAGAAAGGUCAAGAAGAAUCGCACACCACCACUGUCCUUAUAUGGCCAGCUGUUGUGGAGAGAGUUCUUCUAUACAACUGCCACUAACAACCCCUGCUUUGACAAGAUGGAGGGAAACCCUAUUUGUGUCCAGAUACCCUGGGACCGAAACCCAGAGGCACUGGCCAAGUGGGCAGAGGGACGGACAGGCUUUCCUUGGAUAGAUGCUAUUAUGACCCAGCUGAGGCAGGAGGGGUGGAUCCAUCAUUUGGCAAGGCAUGGUGUUGCUUGUUUCCUCACCAGGGGAGACCUCUGGAUCAGCUGGGAGGAAGGCAUGAAGGUUUUUGAAGAGUUGCUUUUGGAUGCAGACUGGAGUGUAAAUGCUGGCAGCUGGAUGUGGCUUUCUUGCAGUUCAUUCUUCCAGCAGUUUUUUCAUUGCUACUGCCCCGUGGGAUUUGGACGACGCACAGACCCAAAUGGUGACUACAUACGGCGUUAUUUGCCCAUACUGAGGGGUUUUCCAGCCAAAUAUAUCUAUGACCCUUGGAAUGCCCCAGAGGAAGUGCAGAAGGCAGCCAAGUGCAUCGUCGGAGUCCAUUACCCCAAUCCUAUGGUGAACCAUGCUGAGGCCAGUCGCAUCAACAUUGAGAGAAUGAAGCAAAUUUAUCAGCAGCUUUCCUGUUACAGAGGACUGGGCCUGCUGGCAACAGUCCCUGCCAGUUCCAGCUAUGGUGCAAAUGUCAGUAAUCCCAAAGGAGUCAACACAGUGACCAGUGAUGGUCCAGGAGGAUCUUCUGAAGACCCCUCCACACAGGUGGAAACAUCUCAAACAGCAGAAAGAGGACAGUCUGUGCAGAAGCGUCGUCUUGAAGAGACUCCAUUUGAAAGAAGCUCUAAAUCCUGGAAGCAGAGUAAAUAGGGUGCUGAAGGCAGAACAAAGGUUCCUCAGUCAGUCUGUAUCAUCUGGGUAGCAUCCUUCCCUGCAGUGUCCCCAGCACAAACAGUAAUAACUGACACUACCAACCACUGCGGUGAUUAAAUCUGGGUACUGGAGCCAUCUUCAGUCACUGACUUUUAGUCUUAAAACCUCCCAGUAGUACAGAUAUUCAGAUUAUCAGCACUUAGAACAGUGAGCUGUUAACAUGACAUGAUCAGACACAUUACACAUUUUGAGAACAGAAGAAUUAUUAAAGGGCACAUAUCAUGCUUUUAAAUCCUUCCUUUUCAUAUGUAAAUCAUUCACUUGUGGUCUAUAUAAAGUAGAACUGCAAUCCUUUGGUCUGAAUUCCUCGUUAUUGUAGCUCCACAGUUUGUUUUACACCUUUUCUGAGGUGCCGUCUUAGAGCGGCUCAUUUUGGUGCGCCCCCUUCCAGGUCGCAGAGCGUUCCACUCCACCCCGUUCAGCCAUUUUUGUAGUUUGAUAGCAGCGAUACGAUUAUCUACCGGCAGAGAAACAAGCACUUUGAAGAGGCUCUGAUGUCGGGGCGCGAUGUAAGGAAUUUUGUGGGUUAAUACACCCAACAACCAGAUAUUUUGACUUGUCUACUUGCAACUUUGGCAUAACUGAACUUGAACAGAAGUCCAUGACCUUGUUUAGCAGCUCCACAGAAAAUACUGUGAUGUAAGAGGAAAGAAAACGUAACAUGGAAUAGCGAAAACUGAACAGACUGAAAAAUAUGACCCAAAAAGAAUAUAAAGAUACCUACACAGCACCGGGACAAAAUGCAUUUAAAUUUCCUGCACUCCUACACAACAAAAUGUAUUUAAGGGCUAAAGUGGAUUUUGCAUGAUAUGUCUCCUUUAGCAAAAGGAAACCUGCAAAAGGGGUGAAGCAGCAAAUAUAGUUGAUUAUAAAGUCUUCACAUCAGGGUGUUGUGAGGCUACCUGUUGUCUUCCACUGCAAUAUAUAACAAAUGUGUACAAAUGAUGAACCUACUAAUCAGUAGGCUUUACCCCCUCCACACUGCACAUAAGUGAGAUUAGGACACAAUCAGGCUGUAAUGGGAAUGUAAAACCCAAUCUGGCAUCUGUUCUCAAUCAGUGACUGGUAGUCACCUGAUCUGAUGCUUAAGCUUCCACACUUCAUGUUUAAAAAACAAAACAAAACUGGAGUGACAACUGUAGGAGAUUUGUUGUGUACAGCUGACCCUAUCACUCACUUUUAGCAAGCUGACUUAAGGUAAAAUGACCUGGAUAAACUGUAUUUUUCUUAAAACAACCUCCUAGUAUCAAUAUUAUGUCCUGAUUGUACAUAAUGGAAGAACCUUUCCUCAUAAAGGUUUCACUUUAAAAGAUUAGGAGCAAGUUGAUAAAGCAGGCUGUACAAAAGCCUCCAUACGUUUUGUAAAUAUUUCUUUUUAAUUUCCAACUUUGUAUAUUUGGUCACAGGAUCUCAAAACUCCUUUGUAAAUAAAGUUACCAAAAAAAUGUUCUCCAAAAAUGUAUGCUUUUUUUUUUUUUUUUUUCU